CAAGGCUUGGCAUCUUGGUAAUUCAGCACUUUGGGGGAGGAAUGAACCAAUAUUGCAGAAGUCGUCGAAUUCGUCUUGCAACAUCACAGCUUUUCUGAUUUUCCAGUCUGACAAGCGCAACUCAGUAUUUUUGGAACAACAGUCGUGGCGUGGAUUUCGUUCAUACCCAUGUAGCGUUCUUCAGUAUCUAUUGAAUUAUUCUUUGUGGUCCCAAAAAUUGUAAAAUCCAAAGUAAGCGCUGCCCACCUUGGGCGCGAGGAAUAGCUACUUUCUGUACCCCCCUACUUACUACACCUGCGUAUUUCUUCGCCCGUUCCGACGGUAACACUUUCACUCCUUUUAGUUUCCCUUGGUCAGCGAUUGGAAAAAAAGAGAACCAUGCCGAAAGCAGUUUCUAAGCCGUCGCCUCUUGCUCUAACAGGCGUAAAGAUGUUGAAAAGGACUCCGGCGAGGAAGGCCGUUGUCAAGUCGGGAACGGAGAUGAAGAUAAAAAACGCGUCUUCUAGUGCCAAGACAUCGAAAAAGAACGGAGGGAAGCAGCAUGGAGGUACUCCUUCUUCGGCUGCGAAACAAAUGAAGAACACGCAUCGCCGGUCGAAUCCGACGAAUCAGAGCAGUAUCUCUACUGCGAAAAAUAAAGAUGUUGCCAAGCCAGUCAGUCCUUUUGAGACCAGUAAUUCAGCCUCCUUGGAUUCCGUGCUGAAAAACCUGGAAAAGCAUCAUCUUCAUGGAGGACAAGGUUCUUCGUCCAAAUGCGGCACUCCUGCUCCGGUUUUAGACUCAUCUUCUUCUAUCCGGACCCUGCACUUCACGGAAAAGUCCUACAUGGUGAUCGUUCCGAAAGCAAAACUUCCGAACUUCCUCCACCUACGAGAAGAUGGGAAAAACACACCGCUCUACGAUGCCUUCUGGCAAGACGCGAAACCGGCGGAAAGGGACACGAUUGUGAUGUACAAUAGGGAGGUGAAGAUCCCGCGGUACAUCAAACUUUACGGGAAGGAAAAGGACAAUAUCUGUGUGUCCGUUUCCGGGCAGACCUGGCCGGCGAACCCGAUCAGAGAGGAAGGCACUAGUAAUAAAGCGGUGCCGGUUGAUCAACAUCAAGAUCAGACUAAUUUUGUCGAAAAUCAUCUGAAGAAGGUCCUUGAUUUUUUCAACGAGAAAUUACAGCCAGUGAAAAGAGACAAACAAAAAGACUGGAACGCGAUUUUGAUCAACUGGUACACGGACGGCCAGGACUACAUUGGCUUCCACGCUGACCGGGAAAUAUGCAGUGCAAAAGUAUCGUACUCGUACUAAUUGCGUUUAUGCAUUACAAAUCUUUUUCUUAAGGCAAAUCCGCAUGACAAAUUUCAUUUGUCGCGCUGAGUCAAUUGUAUUGCAGUUACUGAUACUUUUGCAGUUCAUAGGAGAAAUCAAUCGACCACUCGCUGCCGAUUUUGACCUUGUCCUACGGUGCGGAGCGGAAAUUUCAAGUGCAGACGAAAGUGUCGAAGGUGAAGAAGGAAAAUAAGCCGGUGAUGCUGUUUGACGAGGUGAUUCCGGAGAAUUCCCUGGUGAUUAUGGGCGGCGAUUUCCAAACCGAAUUGAAGCAUUCCGUGCCGAAAAUGAAAAAUGUGGACGGGAAGCGGAUGAGCUUUACCAUUAGGAGGUAUCAUCCGAAUCCGUGAAAAAUCAAGAUUAUACGAGUAGCGGAGUGACGAGGAACGAGGAGUUUUUGAGCAUAGUGAACGCAGCCAAGUAGGGUGUGGUGGUUUUGAGAGUUUUGAAAGGAACCCCUGGUCCGUUUUAAUUUUGAAAACUUGAAUGAUUUGUAGAAUUGACAAAAAAGCCUAUACAAAUAUAUUCGAUUCUGGCGCUUGUCACGGUAAAAAUGAUUGCACGUCAUUUCGAAAAAUUGCGAGAAAAAGCGCUACUUCUAGGAAAAGUAUCCUUUGUUUUUACCCUCCGUGCAAAAAACUUGUGGUUGUGUUUGGACUACCAGGAAGUGCUCAGUUUUCAUGU